GCAAUGAGUUGGAGCAUUUGGUGUCCGAAGGCUAUGAGCUUCUCGGAAUCUUCAACUGGAGUGAUCAUUUCCCUGGAAUGAGAUGGUUGGAUUUACAAGGCGUGAGGAGAAGAUGCCGUAGUUUGGUCUGUAAAGUGAAUGUUUUCGUUGGUAAGAUAAUCAACGAACACAAAUCAAAGAGGUCUCUUCGUGAUAAUCAAGAAGAGAGCACUUAUGAUGAUGACUUUGUGGAUGUCUUACUUGGCAUGCACGGCAACAGCAAACUUUCUGACUCCGAUAUGAUCGCCGUUCUUUGGGAAAUGAUUUUUAGAGGAACAGACACGGUAGCGAUUCUAUUGGAAUGGAUCCUUGCGAGGAUGGUUCUUCACCCUGACAUUCAAGCCAAGGCGCAGGCCGAGAUAGAUGCUAUCAUAGGUGACUCGGGACGUCAAGUCUCAGACUCAGACCUGUCCAAGCUUCCAUACCUUCGUGCCAUUGUCAAGGAAACCCUAAGGAUGCACCCACCAGGUCCUCUCCUCUCAUGGGCUCGUCUAUCCAUCCACGACACUCAGAUCGGGGCCCACUUUAUUCCCGCUGGAACCACGGCAAUGGUCAACAUGUGGGCUAUAACCCACGAUGAAAAGGUCUGGCCGAAAGCUCAUGAGUAUAAACCAGAGAGGUUUCUUGGUGUGAAAGAAAGUGAUAACUUCCCCAUCAUGGGGUCAGAUCUGCGGCUUGCGCCCUUCGGUGCUGGACGUAGGGUCUGUCCCGGCAAGUCGAUGGGUUUAGCCACCGUGGAGCUAUGGCUAGCUCAGCUGCUAGGAAGAUUUAAGUGGGUCUCAUAUGGGGAAGUGGAUUUGAGCGAGACUUUGAAGCUCUCUUUGGAGAUGAAGAAUACUCUCGUGUGCAAGGCAUUCCCUAGGGUCUAAAUAGGGUUUCAUAGACUAUCAAAAAAUUAUGCAACUUUCUUUCUCUCUCUGGGUUUGUGUGAUUUCCCAUGUGAGAUGUCUUUAAUUAGUGACUUUCUUUUGUUGUCACCACAUCGAAAUAAUUAGUCAUGAAAGUUAAAACUUGUACCGGAUCUUAUUAUAUAAAAGUCAAAUUAAGAAAAUUCCAUUUCUGAAAUAUGUUAGUUAAUCAAGAAUCGAUACA